AUGGGAUUGCUCGAAGACGAUGCUCAUUGGGAUCAAACUUUAGCAGAAGUCUCAAUUUCUGAUUUAUCUUACAAAAUACGUGAAUUGUUUGCUGUUAUGUUAGUUUUUUGCCAAGUUGGAGAUCCAAUUAAAUUAUGGGAUAAAUAUCGAGAUAAUUUCACGGACGACAUUAAAAGACGAAUGAGUAGGAAUCGCGAAAACUCUGAGUUAGAUCUUGAUAUUGUUUACAAUCAAUGUUUGAUUAAUCUUGAAGAUAUGGUCAUUGCUAUGUCAGGUAAGACUCUUUUACAAUUUGGUCUCACUUCACCAUCUCGAGAACAAGAAUCUGUUAUUAUUAAUCAACAAUAUUUAAAUGAAUUAGCUUAUGACACUGCUAAGUUAACCGAAAAAGUGAUAAAAAGUGUUCCGAUACUGAAUAAAGAACAGAAAGAAGCAUAUGAAUCUAUAUUGAAUAGUGUCGUUUCUGAUUCUGGACGAUUGUUCUUCCUUGAUGCUCCUGGUGGAACGGGAAAAACAUUCUUGAUUAAUUUGUUGCUUGCGAAAAUUAGAAGUGAAAAAAGUAUUGCUAUUGCUGUUGCUUCUUCAGGAAUUGCGGCUACUUUAAUUGACGGAGGCAAAACAGCUCACUCGACAUUUAAAUUACCUCUUGAAAUGAAUCACUCUGAUAAUAUUCUAUGCAAUAUUUCUAAGCAGAGUGAUAUGGCUCACGUUAUCAGAGAAGCAAAACUGAUAGUAUGGGAUGAAUGCACUAUGGCUCACAAAAAUGCUAUUGAAGCUCUCAACAGAACUCUUAAGGAUAUAAGAAAUAGUGACCGAAUAAUGGGUGGAAUAACUGUUGUUUUAGCUAGUGACUUCAGACAAACUUUACCUGUUGUACCACGAGGGAAUGGACAAAUUUCAGAAGUUGACGGACGAAUAAGUAUUCCGGGUAACCUAGGUGAUAUUGUUGAUGAUUUAACUACAUUAACUGAUAAAAUAUACCCAGAUAUCAAUAAAAUUGGAGUUAAUUGCUCUUCAUGGCUAAAAGAAAGAGCUAUUCUGACUCCAACGAAUGAUUCAGCGAAUAGCAUUAACAACUUUCUUCUGGAAAAGCUAUCAACUAAUCAAAUGAAGUAUAAAUCUAUUGAUACAGUCGUAGAAGUUGAUGAUGCUGUCCAUUAUCCUGUGGAGUUCUUACAUACACUCAAUCCACCCGGAAUACCAUCUCAUAAUCUCAAUCUUAAAAUUGGAGCACCAAUAAUGUUACUGCGCAAUUUGAAUCCUCCAAAACUAUGUAACGGUACCAGACUACAAGUGAAACAUUUACAUAAAAAUAUUAUUGAAGCUACAAUUUUAACAGGUAAACAUGAAGGAGAAGUCGUAUUUAUUCCAAGAAUUCCUUUGGUUCCAUCUGACUACCAUUUCAACUUCAAACGUCUACAAUUUCCUGUUAGGGUUUGCUAUGCUAUGACUAUCAAUAAAGCGCAGGGGCAGAGUUUAAAAUUAGCUGGUGUAGAUUUGAGACAUGAUUGUUUUUCUCAUGGUCAGUUUUACGUGGCAUGCUUAAGAGUCAGUUCACUGGACAACUUGAUUAUUCUUCAACCAGAAAAAAAGACGAAAAACAUUGUUUACAAGGAAGUUUUAAGUUUGUAA